GAGCUUCGCAGAAUAACAAGACAGAGGAACCACGUUGAAAAUAGAAGUCUGAGCCAUUUCAACGUCCCAACAACUAUUCUGUCACAGUUUUUCAAAAGGCUCAGCUGUGCGCACCUGCUCUUGUUCAAUCACACAUUUGCACUUGGCUCAUUGCGGCUCAUUGUGUUCUCUAGCCUGGAACAAAGGGGUCAGAGUUCUCUACAGUAACAUAUGAGCACAGUCCCUUUAUCUGGGGUGUUGAUUGUCAGUCGAUCAGGAGAAAUCUACUGGUUUACCAGUCUUUACAUUGAAAAGAUCUGUCUGUGCUGUCGAUAUGUCACUCUUUGAGUCCAUCAGGCUCUUUUUCUCGCACCCACUCUGGUUUCUAUAUCUUCACACCUGGCUCUAGGAUUCACACUCUAAUCGCAGACCGCAGACCCUCCUCCAGAAGAUAACAGCGACAUUACGUUGACCACUCACACACCAGCCAAUAGGAAGAAGCAUGCUGACGCCUAUAAAAAGCAUUGGUUUUGAAGCUGAAGACACCAGACAGAGAGACAGUAAGGGAAUGAGAAGGGGAACAAAUGAACUGUAGGUUGGGAAGCAUUUUCAAGAGGACGUGAAGAAAAUAAGCUAAACUUCUACUUAUUUUAACUUGUUUUAAAGUGUCACCAUGAGCGCUAAUCUUGUGAAGUCUCUUGCUCGGGUUUAUGACCCCAAACCACUUCAUCCUCAGAAACGAUUGAACAGUGGAAGAGCAACAGCAAGAAGAGCUUCGCUUUCUACCUCAAGCAAACAUCCAUCUUCAUCGAUUUCUGAUGAGCCUUCAUCAAAAUCCUCCUCGUCUUGUGCUCUUCUACAUAUUGAAGGACAAGUCAAUGAUCUGAGUGAUAAGAUGGACAAACUCCUCGCCCUGCAGGAAGCGUCUCUGAAAAGAAUGGAUACCAUCAGUCAAGAUCAAGGCACAGCUGCAGGUGGACGAAGCAUGGAGCAGAUGUUGUGUGAUGUGCGUGUCGUUAUAGAAACUGUUCGAGAGAAGGAGGAACAACAGGAUCAGCGACUGGAUGCUUUGGAGCGACUGGUCAGCGGCAUUCAGCAGGUUGUCAGUUUUGUUGCUGAAGUGUUGAAACACUCAAGAUUGGCAGAUCUCUUGAAAAACACACACUCAAAAUCCAGCAGCAGGUUUAGAGAAAGGGAUGGGAAGGAGAAAUCUAAAGUGUACCAAAAAGGUUUAAAAACCCAGAAGAAAAAGAAACCGCUGGAUGCAUCAGACUUAGUCCAGGCUGGAUUUGAAGAAGUGCAGAAGCUCAACCAACAGAACAAUCAGCUUUCUCAAUGCACGGCAGAGACAGCAGUCAGCACAGCUGCACAUCUGGAUCUUAUUGAAGAAGAGCAAGAAGGAGAGAAAUAUAGGGAAAGAAAAGAUGACAAACAACAGGAUGCAGUGGAAGAACAGGCAAGAGAGCAAGAAAUUGUUGCUGAAUUAUUACAGAUAAAAGAGGAGGAUAAAAAGGAGGAAGAUGAAAGGUUAAAACAAGAGGAGGCUUUAUGUUUAUCUGAAGAAAGCCAGCUAGCUGCUCUGAACUCAUCUGGCCAGACAGAUGAAAGCAUUACAGUCACACCAGAAAGCUGUGAGGAGAAUCUGGAAAUAACUUUCAGCUCUAAGAGGCAUGUUACUGAUGAGAAUCUGACAGAUGAACUUAAAAAAAGCCGAGUGGAGGAGGUGCUGGAGGAGGAGGAGAAGGAAUUGAAGGAGGAAGAGGAAGCAGGACUUGAAGCUGCAGAGGCGGGACCAGAGAGACCAGAGGGGGACGGAAGAGAGAGGAAAGAUGCAGAGCCAGUAAUUGACGAAUAUGUCAUUGAUUCUUCCCCUCCUCCACCUGCACCAUUUGAGCACCGUCUAGUGACAACUAAAACCCACCAGAUUACAAGUUACUACACUAUCAAUAAAGAGGAAGUACUUGGAGGAGGUCGCUUUGGCAUGGUGCACAAAUGUGUAGAGAAAUCUUCUGGCCUCAUAUUAGCAGCCAAGAUCAUUAAAGCCAGGAGUCAGAAAGAGAAGGAGGUAGUAAAGUGUGAGAUUGAGGUGAUGAACCAGUUGAAUCAUGCCAAUCUGAUCCAGCUCUACGCCGCCUUUGAAUCUCGACAUGAAAUCAUUCUAGUGAUGGAGUAUGUUGAUGGCGGAGAGCUGUUUGACCGGAUCAUAGAUGAGAACUACAAGCUGACCGAGUUGGACACAGUGCUGUUCAUCAGACAGAUCAGUGAAGGGCUUCAGUAUAUGCACAAGAUGUACAUAUUACACCUUGACCUAAAGCCUGAAAACAUUCUCUGUGUCAGUCGACAAACAAACAAGGUGAAGAUAAUUGACUUUGGGCUUGCAAGAAGAUAUAAACCCAGGGAAAAGUUGAGAGUGAACUUCGGCACACCUGAGUUCCUGGCUCCUGAAGUGAUCAACUAUGAAUUUGUCUCAUUCCCAACUGAUAUGUGGAGUUUAGGUGUCAUCACUUACAUGCUGCUCAGUGGCUUGUCUCCGUUCCUGGGUGAGGAUGAUAAUGAGACACUAAAUAGCAUCCUGGCGUGUCAGUGGAGUUUUGAAGAAGCAGAGUUUGCCGACAUCUCUGAGGAGGCCAAAGACUUCAUCUCACGCCUGCUUGUGAAGAGCAAAAGUUGGAGAAUGAGUGCAUCCCAGUCCCUGAAACACCCAUGGCUUUCAGACCGAGCGCUUCACUACCGUCUACACCAUAAGAAAAACAAGUGUCACUCUUCUCAUGCCCCUCCUCAAGAGGGAUAAACAGAAGAGAUAAUUUGCUCUCCUGAUGCCUUGGUGACACACUGGGACCAAUACUGUUGUACCUGAACAACUACACAACAUCUGUUUAAUAUUACAUUUAAAUACUGAACUGUACAAUAUGUCUAUUACCGACUUACCUCAACCUUAAGUUAAAACAGCAUAUAACACAUUAAAAGUACAGCUCUUCACUUGUGGUACAAGAAUAUUUCACCAUUUUGUAAAAUGUUAACCAUUUAUGGCUCUAUGACAAACUUGCCCUGUGCUCAAGUCCAGGUUUAAGUGGGUUUUAACUGUCUGCUGGCUGUCGUCUUAUGAAAAAUUACUACAUACUGUUAAUUCUACAGUGAGUUGGUAUUGUAUGUGUACUUUAUAAUAGGCCAGGACUGGAGGAAGUAUGUGAAUGACUAAGAGUGCAACAGAAAUCAUCAUUCAUACUCUAUACGCACAAAUAUAUUGAGUCUUAGGGUAAUAUUCUAUACAUCACUGGUUUAUGGUAACAUUACAUUCAUGUAAUGUUUGUGAA